GCACGCAUACAACGACUUUAUAGUCUUACAUUAUAAUAUAUUAGUUCUAUCAUAUAUACUGGUGUUUCAUCAUCGUGCCCAUCCACUUCCUAACACGACAUGGCGCAGUCGGUAGAAGAUAAUUCUUGCCCCUAUCUUUAGUACAGCAAGCAAAUUCGAUGCAAUAAAUGGCCAGCGGCGAUAACACAAAGGAAGAAGUUCAAGAAGUUCAAGAAAAUCAAGAAAAUCAAGAAACGUGCACAAUGGAAGGAAUGAUGAGACCACCAUCUACACUGUCUUUCGAAGGCAACUUAAAAGAAAACUGGAUGAAAUGGAGAAGAAAUUUUGAAUAUUAUCUCAAGGCGACAGACCUUGAAUCAAAGUCUGAUGAAAGGAAAGUUGCAGUUCUUUUACACGUGGCUGGCGAAGAGGCCAUGGAGAAAUUCGACACGUUUGGAUUCAAUGACGCUCAAAAGAAAAAGCUUGGCGAAGUGUACAAAGCAUUUGAAGAUUUCUGCAAGCCUAAAGUGAAUGAAAGUGUAGAAAGACAUGUUUUCAUUUCGAGAAUGCAAAAUCCAGGUGAAAAUUUUGCAAGUUUUUUAACAGAUUUGAAGAAAUUAAGUGCCUCAUGUGAAUUCGGAGAGAUAAAAGACAGUUUAAUAAAAGAUAGGAUUAUCAGUGGCAUCACAGAUCAACGUUUAAAAAGUAGACUUUUGAGAGAAGAAAAUCUCACAUUAAAAAAAUGCACAGAUAUAUGCAAGGCAGCUGAAUUAGCUGAAAUUCAAGUUAAGACAAUGAAAAACGAGGAAAAAGUGGAUGAGAUUGGUGCGGGUAAAAGAAAUUUCAAAAAUAUAAGUAACAAAACGGACUUCAAAGGGAAAGCCAUACAAAACAAAAAUCGAGGCGGCUACGAGCAAGGAAGUCAACCGUUGCGUGAUUCCUGGAUAGGCGCACGAACAAGCAGAGGGCAGAGACGGCAACGUGCAAGCAAGUAGAGGCAGUGACGCGCGAGAGAGACAAGGACAGCGACAAGGCAGUGGCAAUUGGCAAUUGCUCAAGAUGCGGUAGGCAGCACAGACCGAGGGAAUGC